GUUUCUGUUGCAGGUCAGUUCAAAUUUUUAUAUUCGUGCAAAAGGAUCUAAUAAAUAUAAUUGAUAAAUUUUAGCUUGAAGAAAAAAAAUGAAAACUUUUGGAGUUUCAUUUAUAGUCUUCUUUGUUACUAGUUUCGCGCUAGGACAAUGUCAGAAUAAUGUAAAGAUCACCAGAAUCGCUGGGCCAUAUGUUUUGGCUGAGGGUCCACACUGGGACUACGAAAGAAAUCUUCUCUACUUUGUUGACAUUCCGGAGCAAAGAAUUUACUGUUAUCAACCAACUACCGGGAUAAUAACUUAUACUCACCUAGAAUGUGGACCGGUAGGUGUCGUCGUACCAGUAGCUGAAAGAAGAAAUACAUUUAUUGCGGGUUGCGGUAGAGAAUUAGUGCAAGUUUAUUGGGAUCCACUUACCACCAAUAGAAACCCUCGGGUUGAAGUUCUUUCAAGAGUUGACACCGGUGUUCCAGAUACAAGAUUAAAUGAUGGAAAAGUCGACCCAAGAGGCAGAUUUUGGGCCGGAACAAUGCUCAUUGGCAGCAGACAGGCUCACCCACCGGAUCAAGCUUCAUUGUACAGAUUCGCAUACAAUGGUACUCCAACAACAAUGAUAACUCCAAUCAGCCUUAGCAAUGGUCUUGUUUGGAGUCAUUCCAACAAUUCAUUUUAUUAUAUUGACAGUCUUGCAUACAACAUCGUUGUCUAUGACUUCAAUGACGCCACUGGUGAUAUCUCUAAUAAACGGACCUUGUUGGAUUUCAAGAAAAACAAUAUAACAGGCAUUCCUGAUGGCAUGACAAUUGACAAAGCGGGAAAUCUUUGGGUCGCGGUCAACUUCGGUGGUGCAAGGGUAAUUCAAGUUGAUCCAAAAACUGGAAGAGUUUUACGAUCAGUUGAAAUGCCAGUGACUGAGGUAUCCAGUGUUGCUUUUGGUGGCCGUAAUAAAGACAUUUUGUAUGUUACUUCAGCAAGAGACCAACUGAGCGAGUCCCAAUUGAGAGAACAACCACUUGCCGGUUCUGUUUUUGCUAUUCAUGGUCUUGGUGUUUCUGGCUCUCCUAUGCUUGCUAGUAGAAUUAUGAGUCCUAAAGGAAUAAAAUUUGAACGAAUCGACGGGCCGUACAUGUGCGCUGAAGGACCACAUUGGGAUCAUGAGAACAAUCGGCUUUAUUACGUUGACAUUAUUGGCCACAAAAUAUUGAGUUACAAUCCAGCGACUCGAAAAGUAACUCACGCUUACCUGAAAUGUGGAUCAGUUGGAUUCGCGAUACCUGCCGCCAAUAAGAGGAAUACCUUCAUAACAGCAUGCGGAACAAAUUUAAUCCAGGUGACUUGGGACCCAGCCACUGAUGACUUGGAUCCUAAAGUACAAUUUAUCAGCCAAGUUGAUGUAGGUGUCAGUGACACCAGAUUCAAUGACGCAAAAGUUGACCCGGCAGGAAGACUGUGGGCCGGAACUAUGGGUGAAAAAGACGGGCUUCCAGUCUCCGGCAAAGGUUCCUUGUACAGAUUUGACUACGAUGGUACUCCGAAAAAAAUGAUAAGCCCAGUUGACAUCAGCAACGGACUCGUUUGGAGUCUCAAUAAAGACUCAUUUUACUACAUCGACAGUUUUGCAUACGUUAUUGAUGUCUACGACUACGAUGACGCUACUGGAGAUAUCUCGAACAAACGUACAUUGUUUGAUAUCAAAGCAAACAACAUAACAGGCAUCGCUGAUGGGAUGACCAUUGACAAAACGGGAAACCUUUGGAUUGCUAAUCAUAGCGGUGGAACAGUAUUUCAAAUCGACUCGAAGACUGGUAAAUUGUUGAGGACUAUCAAGAUGCCGAUGAGAGAUGCGACUAGUGUAGCUUUUGGAGGCCCCGAUAAAGAUGUUCUUUAUGUGACGUCUUCCAAAGAUAAAAUGCCUGAAGAUCUUCUGAAACAGCAACCCUUAGCCGGGUCAGUUGUCGCCGUUUACGGGCUUGGUGCCUCUGGAUUGCCGAUGGUCCCCUGCAAAAUUAAUUUGAAAUAAUUUUUGUUUUUAAUA